AUGGGGGAUCCCUACACCAAUUUCUUGAGGGGCUACAGCUUCCGCUACUCCAACGCAGCGGCUUCUUCCUCCUCCCCCUUCCCCAGCUACACCUCCAACCUCCACCACCCACCUCCCUCCUCCCCUCCGAUCAGGGAAGCCCUCCCCCUCCUCAGCCUCACGCCCUCCUCCUCAACCUGCCACAACCCCCAUCAACACCACGAUCAAGAAGAUCGCAAGGUCAUAACCACCGCCUCCUGCAGCAGCCAGGCAGAAGCUGCCGAUCAGGCAGCCGGGGAGGUCACCGUUGCCCUGCACAUCGGCCUGCCCAGCCCCAGCCCCUCUGAUGCAGCAGCCGGCAGCGGCGACCACCACCAAGAAGCAGCAGCGGCGGGAGGAGUGGCUGCUGAGGAGAGAAGCCAGCAGCAGCAGGAAGAAGGGCAGGAGGAAGGCGAAGGAGAGGAGGAGGAUGGCAGCACGAUGGCGCUCGGGGUGGGGUGCGCCUCCCUGGGGAUAGGGAGGCUCACAAAGGGGCAGUACUGGAUCCCCACCCCAUCCCAGAUCCUCAUUGGUCCCACGCAGUUCUCCUGCCCCGUCUGCUACAAGACCUUCAACAGAUACAACAACAUGCAGAUGCACAUGUGGGGGCACGGGUCGCAGUACCGGAAGGGCCCGGAGUCGCUCCGGGGGACGCAGCCGACGGCGAUGCUCCGCCUGCCGUGCUACUGCUGCGCGGCGGGCUGCCGGAACAACGUCGACCACCCGCGCGCCCGCCCGCUCAAGGACUUCCGCACCCUGCAGACGCACUACAAGCGCAAGCACGGGAUCAAGCCCUUCAUGUGCCGCAAGUGCGGCAAGGCCUUCGCCGUGCGCGGCGACUGGCGCACCCACGAGAAGAACUGCGGCAAGCUCUGGUACUGCGCCUGCGGCUCCGACUUCAAGCACAAGCGCUCCCUCAAGGACCACAUCCGCGCCUUCGGCCGCGGCCACGCGCCCUGCGGCAUCGACUGCUUCGACCUUGACGACGACGACCGCGACCCUUCCUCCGAGGUUGACCACACCGUCAACACCGCUGCCGCGGCCACCACCACCAACAGCGCCGGCAGCGACCGUCGCCAUUGGAAGGCCAAUUAA